CACACAUGGAGCUUAUCCCCCGACACCUAUCAAACCCCCUGCAGCUCGGGUAACGGGUAACCCCACACUCGCAUUGGCUCCGAUUUCGACGACCUCGACCAUUCCUACCGUACCGCUGUCGGUUUGCCUGCCGCCAUUUCCCUCCCCCUCCACCACUCCAAGCCCGCACUCGCCUCGCACGCGACAAACCGCUCCACGACACCGCGUUUGACCCUGCACACAACGAUCUUGAGAACGACACCGGUACGACAACAACCACCCCAAAUCCAACCGAGUCUCGCAUCAUUUCGUCUCGCCUCGUCUCUUCUGGUCCUGCGCCAGCGCGUGUACCUACUUCCCAGUGUCACCCACCGAUCGAAAUUCCAGACCCCUUCCCACUCCACCCCUCGAGAGGAUACCCGAUCGUAAAGCUUGACAAAGACUUUGCGCCGCCACAGAAUCCACGAUACCAUGGCAUCGUCUUCCGCCGCGGCGGCGUCGCUGCUGGGCCGGCAGCUCAAGGAGAUGCAGACGGGCAAGGACAUACCGGGGAUAUCGUGCGGUCUGGUCAACGACAACAAUAUCUUUGAGUGGGAGGUGAUGCUCAUGAUCAGCGACGACUGCAAAUACUACGGAGGAGGCAACUUCCGCGCGCGCCUCGUUUUCCCGCCAAACUACCCGCUCAUGCCGCCCUCUCUGACGUUCCAGACGCCGAUCCCGUUCCACCCCAACAUUUAUCCCGACGGGCGGCUGUGCAUCUCCAUCCUGCACCCGCCGGAGGAGGACCAGUACGGCUACGAGGCGGCUUCGGAACGGUGGAGCCCGGUGCAGAGCCCCGAGACGAUCCUGCUGAGCACCAUCAGCCUCUUCCACGGGCCCAACGACGAGUCGCCAGCCAACGUCGAGGCUGCGCGCAUGUUCCGCGAGGAGAGGGAGGGCAAGAAUAAGGACUUCCGGAGGCGGUGCCGAGCCUGUGUCCGAGAGAGUCUGGGGGAGGACUGAGUUGCCUCUGUCUUGGGAGAGGGCAGAACAAAGCGGACGGAGGGGAAGAGGCAAAAAUGAGGGCUGCCUCGAGGACUAACCUAGGCUGCGGCCGAGGGUGGAUGGGUUCAUGGGAUGGUAUGUAUGGUACGGAGGCUGGGCGGAGUUGGGGUGAGACUGGACCUGCAUCAUGGCGUUUGGAGAUAUCAACAGCAUAUCAGGCUGGGCCGGCAUUCAAAUUGACGCCCUUUUGAGCUCUCACGGCACCCAACGUAUUGGACAGCGGGAUUUUGUACGAGUCCGAGGUCGCUCGUCGGACUCUUCUCC